AUGGAUUAUAAAAUACAACUAUGUUUGUUAAUAUGGACCGGGUCUGUUAUCGCUGAUCAAGUUUGCUAUGAAGAGUUGGGAUGCUUUGAUAAUAAUUAUCCAUGGUAUACAUUCUUUCGUCCAUAUCCUUUUCCUAUGUCAAAGGAAGAUGUCAACACAACAUUUUUCUUUUCCAAUCGGAAUGUUAAUAAGAGUCUUGUACAAACAUGGCCAUCAAUAAAAAUACCUUCAGAAUUUGAUUCCAGAAAGCCAACAUAUUUUAUCACACAUGGAUAUUCUAGUGAUAGUAACACUGCGUGGUUUAAAAAUUUGACAGAAGCUAUAUUAUUUACGGCUGAUAGCAAUGUCUUUGCUGUAGACUGGGCUAAAGGGUCUUCAGGAUUUUAUUUUACAGCUGCUGCUAAUACUCGUACGGUGUCGGCUGAAAUAAUAAGAAUAAUUCGUUACUUAAAAAAAAACAGAGCAUUGGAUGUACGAAACCUUCAUCUUCUUGGUCACAGUUUGGGCUCCCAUAUAAUGAGUUACGUUGGAAAAAAUUUCACUGAUCCAAAAAUUUACCGAAUAACAGCAUUAGAUCCAGCUCAACCUGGAUUCCAAGGAAGAAAUUCAAUGAUACGACUCAAUAAGACAGAUGCCAAUUUUAUUGAUGUCAUCCACACCGACGGCAGACCAUUCUUACCUUUGCUUGGUUUGGGAAUGACCGUAGGUGUAGGCGACGUUGAUUUAUUCGUCAACGGUGGCAAAUGGCAACCUAACUGUUUACUAGACGGCGAGCCUUUCUACAAAUCCUUCUUCGAGAUUCCUAAAAUUACUGUAACUAUUUUAUACAAUUUGGCAACUUGUAGCCACACUCGCGCUCCUAGGUACAUGGCUGCGGCUAUUAAAGAGCCUUGUCAUAUGUGGGCUUAUCGUUACAAUGCACAAACUGCCAGCUUACGGUGGACUGAUUUUGUGAUUGACGAUUCUUGUGAUGCUGAAUCUUGCUCUAAGAUGGGUUUGGACACUCCUCAACUGCCGGCCCGUGGAAAUUUUGCUUUUGAAACAAGCGGAACUUAUCCUUUUUGUAAGUUUGAUCCAGAAGCUAAUAAUCAAAUGAAGCGCAUUUUGGUUUAA